AUGACCAAAAAUGAUAAGAACUUCUGUUUGUUCAAAGACUUAUCACCACUACAAUUGAUACUUUUAAUCAUAAUUAAAUUGUAUUCGACAACAUCAUUACGACCAGAAAUUUUAAUACAAUUAACAAAAUUAAUUGAAAACAAACAAUCAAUUACCGAGACAAAUGAAUUAAGAAUAAUAACUAACUUGAAAGAACUAUGUGAUUAUUUCAAUAAUGAAUAUUUCACGUCACUACUAAUUGAUAAAGUUUGGGAGAUUAAUUCAAUGGAGGAUUUAGAUAAUUUAGUUAAAUCAAUCAGUGAAUUAGUUAUAAUGAAACCAUCAUCAAUUUCAUCUACUCCAACAUCUAAAAAAUUUUUAAAUAAUUCAUUAUAUGGAAUAUUCAUAACUCAAGUCUGUACAUACUUUGAAAUACUAGAGUAUCAUGCAAGUCUUUGUUUGUAUCAACUGUUUAUUGAAUUUAGAAAAUCUACAAGAGAUAUAAUUGAUAUUGAAUCAAAUGAUACAAAUCUAGAAGAUGUAUUAAAUAAUCAACUACAGAAAAUGGGAUUGAAAGAUCAGGAAUAUACAUCAAGGUCCAAAAAUGAUUUAGAAGAUUUAAUUAAUAAGCAAAUUUCAAUUUUGGAACAAUUUGGUACACCUACUCCAACAUAUAUCAAAGAAACAAUGAAAUUAAUGACAUCCCCAGCAAUAGUUGGAUCAACCCAAAGCAUGUCCUUCAACAACAUCCCUAGUUAUUCAUACCUACGAUACUUGGAAAACUUAUCAGAGUCAAACUAUAACGAAUCAAUUGACUCGCUACAUCAAUAUUUCGAUUAUAUGGUAAGUAAUAAUUCCAAAUAUUUUUAUCAUUUUGCAUUAAUUUCCAAGGCGUCAUUACAUCAAUAUUUUGGUGAAGAUCAAAAAGCAAUUAGUACUAUUGAAGAAGCUAUUAGUAUUGCCAGGGAAAAUAAAGAUAAUUCUACUUUAACUUAUAUUUUGAGCUGGUUUUAUAAUUUCAUGCAUAAUAAACCUCAUUUAUGGAAACAACAAACUUUAUUUAACAAAAGUAAUGAAGAUCAAUUAUUGGACUUUUUAAUUAAAAAAUCAUCAACUAUUAAUACCCUGUUAUAUGCGAUAAAUUUGGGAUUUGAAACAUUACAAAUGAUGAAUAAUGGUCAACUGAUUAGUUUAUAUACUGGGAACAUGACAAAAACUUUAUUUACGGCUGUUAAUGAUGUAAAACCUACAUUUAUACGAUGUGCUGAAAUGGCAUCGAUUGUAUGGGAUAGAGUUGGGGUAACAGUAUUAAGUGAUGUUUAUAAUGAAUUAGCUAUUGAAUAUUCCGAAAAAUCAUCUGACUCAAUAAGAUUGAAAGCAAAAAAAUUAUAUCAGCAAUUUUUAAGAGGUGAUACAACCAUCAAUCUUGAUAGCUUAAUACUCAAUGUAUCUGAUCAUUCAUUAUACAAUGCCAUUCAAGUAAGAAGAUUGAUACUACAGAUCCAUCAAUACCUCAAUAGUAAUCAAACAAGAAAAGCAAAAGAGAUAAUGGAAUUCCUACUAGAUAGCGAAAUCAAGGAUUUAGAUUUAAAAAAUGAUAUUUUGUUUCUUGAUAUAGAAAUUGAAAUGAGUAUUGGGAAUUAUUCAAAAGCAUUAGACAAAAUAGUUUUAUUUAAGAAUUCAAAUAAUUAUUUAACUAUAAAAUUAAGUAUUUUAAAAUGUCAAAUUUUCAAUAAAUCAGGUAAUACACAUCGUUGUUUAUCAUUAUUAAUUCAAUCUAUUCAAUUAAGUAAAAAAUAUGGAUAUAAAUCAUUGGAAAUUGAAGCAACUUUAUUAUUCUUUGAUACUUUGGAAAAAUCAAAUAUGACUGAUGAAAUUAAUAGAUUAACAGAUGAUAUCAUACCAAAUAUUUAUAGUUAUGGUAAUCAACACUACAUCAAACAAGCAUCAGAGAUUCUAAAUAAAAGUUUACAUAAUCAAAAAUAA